CGUUCUUUAUACUUCCGGGGCUAAUAUCAACAUUUGACAGCUCGAAUGUAGCUGAGAUAUCGUAGAUGGAAAAUUGUUCGUGGCUGCACCAGAUUGAAUGUUAUUGUAACGAAUUUGUCUGCAUCUGUCAGAAAAACUGGCAACAGAGGGUAUUAUUCACGUUUGAAUGGAUAGACAGAAGUCAAGAAAGUGAAGACUGGACGUGAAGGAUGGAAGGAUGACCCUGUGCUGUGACUGUCGGCUGGGAUACACAUGACAUCGGCAAGCUGUUAGUUGUCCGGGGUUAUCUGUCGACAGAAGAACAAUAACAGCAGCAAGCAAACGUUUCAAACUGUGUUUACAUGAUGCUUUUCCACAAAUAAUGAAUGUGGGACAAUGAAAAUGACACCAUUGAAACUGUAGAGAGGAGUUGGCAAAAGGUAAAUCAAAGUCUGUCCAACAAGAAUCUGUUAGGCCCUAUUGUGACCCUUCUAUACAUGUAUUCUACCACAAUGUCACAAAUCGCAGCCAUAGUUGCAAAGGCAACCAUUGUAGCAAAAGCUGCAGUGCACAAAGAGGUACAGUGCAAAUCACCAAACAGCACACAAACAACAUUUGAGACUUCCAACCGUUAUGUCCAGUCUUACUUGUCAUAUGAUUUGUUUUCUGCAAUUGAAGAAGGAUGUUUAACAUCUGUUCGCAACUUGCUUUUGUCUUAUCCGGAUUUGGAUCUGAACUAUCAUAUCAAAGAUAUUACUCCACUAUCUUUGACUCUCUACAAGAGACAUUUUGACAUAUUUCAUUUAUUUAUGAGACAUCAUGAGAAGACAAAAAAUAUUGACUUGAACAUGAGCAGCAAAGACCAUUUAGGUCGUGUUGAACCUCCUGUUGUGACGUCCUGUCGGAUGCACUUCCUCGAGGGUGUCGUCACCCUGGUGUCACAAGGUGCAGAUAUUGAUGCUGCAGACAACAUGGGCCAUACUGCAUUGUGGGUGGCAUCACGACAGCAGAUGCCUGAUCUUGUACAGUAUCUUAUUGCGAAUGGUGCUAGUGUCAACAAGAUGGAUAAGUAUAACUGUACACCCCUUCUUGCCGCUUUUAUGUACAGAGUGAGUUCAAUAAUACUCAAGACCCUGAUCGUGCAUGGCAGCAGUCUGGGUGGCGUGGGACCCUACUGUCCAGCGGAGCAGUCUCCUUUGUUCUGGGCUGCCAAGCAUGGGAAUGUGGAAAUAAUCAAACUUGUGUUAAUGGCUGGGGUAUCACCUCCACAGAUCCGUUCAGUGCGUAUGGCGCUCCAAAACAGUGACAUUGAUGAAGAUAUUGUUGAACUCUUGGACAUGGAAUCCAAAACACCCCACUCCCUCCGUCAUCAAUGCAAGUGUGUUCUCCGAUCUCACAUUAUUAAACAGUCUGAUGGCAAGAACUAUUUGCAGAGUGUUGACAGUCUCCCACUGCCAUCAAGUCUCAAACACUACCUGCUCCUCAACAGAUGAUGCCCUGAUAGCUGGAGAUCCACCUGUGCUACUUGCUGUUGCAUACCUGGAGAUCCACCUGUGCCAUAUGCUGUUGCAUACCUGGAUAUUCACGUGUGCCACAUGCUGUUGCAUACCUGGAGAUCCACCUGUGCCAAAUGCUGUUGCAUACCUGGAUAUUCACCUGUGCCACAUGCUGUUGUAUACCUGGAGAUCCACCUGUGCCAAAUGCUGUUGCAUACCUGGAUAUUCACCUGUGCGGCAUGCUGUUGCAUACCUGGAUAUUCACCUGUGCGGCAUGCUGUUGCAUACCUGGAGAUCCACCUGUGCCACAUGCUGUUGCAUACCUGGAGAUCUACCUGUGCUGCAUGCUGUUGCAUACCUGGAUAUUCACCUGUGCCACAUGCUUUUGCAUACCUGGAUAUUCACCUGUGCCACAUGCUGUUGCAUACCUGGAGAUCUACCUGUGCCACAUGCUGUUGCAUACCUGGAAAUCCACCUGUGCCACAUUCUAAGGUCACACAGUGCAUAACUCCAACAUAAAUGUCAAGAAAUGGAAAACUAUUUUGUAUAAUCAUCAGAUCAUUAUCAUUCUUUCAUAAUGUUUGUUAGCAAAGUUUGCUUAAGUGCUAUAAUGGCUGUGAGUGUAAACAUUUCUCUAAGCUAAACAUUUUGUGCUAGUGCAGUACUGGCCUUGGUAUAUUGGCAGAACACAUACCCCUGUACAUCAUAACCAUCCAUCAAUGUCCAUCAUUACCAUUGUAUCUGUUUUCAUGAUUACAAGCCGGAUAUUUUUAGAUGUUUUUCUUUCUUCAUUUAUUUAACAUGCUCAACCACAUGAUUACAAGAAUGCCUCUUUCACAGACAUUUUAUGGAAUUGAUUUUAUGUGAAUUAUUGGCUUUGAAAUGUUAUGUGAAACUCAUUUGAAAUGGUCAAGAUUGUUUUGUAUAUUUUGUUGGUUACUGGUUAUGCUUGCAAUAUAUUACAUGGGCUUCAUGUGUAGUGUAGAAUUCAGACUGAUACCUUUAGUCAUAGGGGAAGUUAACUUCAUCGUUUGAGCAAAUGGUUAUAUAAUGCUGUUUUGUGAUCUGGGAUAUUUGUUAGUGUAUGGGAAAGUGAGGGCAUGGAAAAGUGUUUGAGUGUCUGUGACAGUUUAUAUGCAUGUUGUGUUCAGUUGCUCCCAUGUCAACAGUCUCUUCAUAUCUUCUUGUCAGCACAAGUCAAAUACUUCUGUGUUGAGUCACACUUAUUAUGUUCAGAUUAUCUGUAAGAGACAUAUUUCCUCCAUUAGGAAGACAGGCUUCUUCCAGUUUACUUUUCCAUUGGCCCCAGCCCUUAUUCUACCACUUUACUGUUAGAUCGUUCAAGCCCUUAUUCUACCAGUUUACUGUUAGAUCAGCCCAUGCCCUUAUUCUACCACUUUGCUGUUAGAUCGUCCAAGCCCUUAUUCUACCAGUUUACUGUUAGAUCAGCCCAUGCCCUUAUUCUACCACUUUACUGUUAGAUUGUCCAAGCCCUUAUUCUACCAGUUUACUGUUAGAUCGGCCCAUGCCCUUAUUCUGCCAGUUUACUGUUUGAUCGUUCAAGCCCUUAUUCUACCAGUUUACUGUUUGAUCGUUCAAGCCCUUAUUCUACCAGUUUACUGUUAGAUCGGCCCAUGCCCUUAUUCUGCCAGUUUACUGUUUGGUCGUUCAAGCCCUUAUUCUACCAGUUUACUGUUAGAUCGUUCAAGCCCUUAUUCUACCUGUUUACUGUUAGAUCGGCCCAUGCCCUUAUUCUACCAGUUUACUGUUAGAUCGUUCAAGCCCUUAUUCUACCAGUUUACUGUUUGAUCGUUCAAGCCCUUAUUCUACCAGUUUACUGUUAGAUCGGCCCAUGCCCUUAUUCUGCCAGUUUACUGUUUGAUCGUUCAAGCCCUCAUUCUGCCAGUUUACUGUUAGAUCGUUCAAGCCCUUAUUCUACCAGUUUACUGUUAGAUCGGCCCAUGCCCCGAUUCCUUUCCAGUGUUCAAAGUUAAAGGGGAUCCCGUGCCCUGGAAAUCUUCUCCCUUGGUUUUUGAAUGUAGGGACCCCCUCAAUGUUUAACUUUUAGGGUUGUUAUACCCCCUUGAAUUUCAGCCUUGAUUUCAAACACUGCUUCUUAUCUGUUUUGAGGCAAUACAACACAUACACAGGUAUAUGGUGGUCAAAAGUAAUGAAGACAAGUCAUUAGCUUCUGGUGAUCCAGUCUGGGGUAAUAAUAGGCACUGCGAUGAAUGAAAACUUGUUUAUUUAUGUCGUACAUGCAGGAGCUUUAACUUACACUAUUGGCCCUGAUCAACUACAUCAACUGCUAGGAUGCUAGUCCAAGACAUUUUCUGUGGCUUUCAACCCUGUUUCUUUGAUUUUUAUAAUGAUGGUUAUUUAGAGUUCUAGCCAAACUUUGUAAGAGUGGCUGAAUUAUGUCUGUCUGUGUCUGGCAGUCUGUGUCUGGCAGAUGACCGUCUGUGUCUGGCAGAUGACCGUCUGUGUCUGGCAGAUGACCGUCUGUGUCUGCCAGUCUGUGUCUGACAGAUGACCGUCUGUGUCAGGCAGAUGACCGUCUGUGUCUGACAGAUGACCGUCUGUGUCAGGCAGAUGACUGUCUGUGUCUGCCAGUCUGUGUCUGGCAGAUGACCGUCUGUGUCUGCCAGUCUGUGUCUGGCAGAUGACUGUCUGUGUCUGGCAGUCUGUGUCUGGCAGAUGACCGUCUGUGUCUGGCUGUCUGUGUCUGGCAGUCUGUGUCAGGCAGAUGACCGUCUGUGUCUGCCAGUCUGUGUCUGGCAGAUGACCGUCUGUGUCUGCCAGUCUGUGUCUGGCAGAUGACCGUCUGUGUCUGGCAGAUGACCGUCUGUGUCUGGCUGUCUGUGUCUGUCAGUCUGUGUCAGGCAGAUGACCGUCUGUGUCUGCCAGUCUGUGUCUGGCAGAUGACCGUCUGUGUCUGCCAGUCUGUGUCUGGCAGAUGACCGUCUGUGUCAGGCAGAUGACGGUCUGUGUCUGACAGAUGACCGUCUGUGUCAGGCAGAUGACUGUCUGUGUCUGCCAGUCUGUGUCUGGCAGAUGACCGUCUGUGUCUGCCAGUCUGUGUCUGGCAGAUGACCGUCUGUGUCUGCCAGUCUGUGUCUGGCAGAUGACCGUCUGUGUCUGGCUGGCUGUGUCUGGCAGUCUGUGUCAGGCAGAUGACCGUCUGUGUCUGGCUGUCUGUGUCUGCCAGUCUGUGUCUGGCAGAUGACCGUCUGUGUCUGCCAGUCUGUGUCUGGCAGAUGACCGUCUGUGUCAGGCAGAUGACCGUCUGUGUCUGGCAGAUGACCGUCUGUGUCUGGCAGAUGACCGUCUGUGUCUGGCAGUCUGUGUCUGGCAGAUGACCAUCUGUGUCUGGCAGAUGACCGUCUGUGUCUGGCAGAUGACCAUUGUGUUGGACUGCUUCCUUGUAAUUCUCUUCAUGUGUGGUUACUGUCGGUAUGAUACUGCUGUAACCUAAUAUUGAUUUAAACAUCCAGCAGCGCUUCAGGUUGAUUUGAUUACUCUGAGGUCAAGUCCCUCAUUAGUUGGGGAAAUGGCAGGCUUAUUAAAUAUGUUGCCAGGGGACAUGUAUUGCUCAUUAAUGGAGGUUUGGGAUAUUUUAAGGGUCAAUGAAACAGGCCCUCUUUCAAUCUGAAGCACUGCUAACUGGUCUAUCUUUUGUCCUGUUGCUCCUGACUACGUAGCAUCAGUGAUGUGGCUUCCAUGAAAAUCUGACUUUGCAUCUGUGAUGAUGAUGUGUGAGUUGUCAGUGAUGUCCCCAGUUCUGUAGACUCUGUUGACCAGGGAAUGUUUUCGAGCUUGAUGCUGGUAGAAUUGUAUGGGCAAUGCUUGCCUGCAUGCUGAAGCCAUCUGGUGUGUUCAUCAUUGUUUAAAUGUGAUUUCCUCUGACUGUGUGUGAACAUUGGCAGCUGAUUAGCAGUAAGAACUUGAUCUUACAGAAGCUCUGAACAUCACUGAGAAUCUAUAACCUGCUACUGCCCUGACAAACUCUCAUUGUGCAGGAGCAUCUUGGCUGAAAACAAACAGCGGAAUUGGUCCUGAUUUCAGCAUCAUCCAUCAUCUCAUCAACAGAUUCACCCACAUUUUGUGAUCAACUCAAGUUCCACGUAUCUGGGUUGUAGACUAUCAGGAUUUGCCACAGUAUCAGUUGCUUGAGUGAAUCUUGACCUUGCCAGAAGGUCAAUGCUUUUCUUACCCUCAAUUGGAAACAUUGUACAUGGCUUUUGUUACAGAGUACGACCUUGUUCAUCAGUGGACCAAAUAUUCACAAAAUGUUGAGUGCUAUGUGUGGAAAUGGUUCCCUUGUUUAGCCAUUCAAAAUGUAACAAAGUUGUACAAGACUUGCUUCCCAAUGACAGCCCUGAGGCUGGUUGCUGCCAGAUGUAGACUGGUGUACUAUGUGUAUUGAUGUGUGUAUUGGUGUGUACUGAUGUGUGUGUGCUGGUUCCUGCCGUGCUCCGGAUGUGCAAGGUCAUCUCCCAUUGUCCAGGGGGAAGGUCAAGGUCAGCAGGUGUCAUUGUUAAUGAAUAACGAUGUAAUUGCUACAUUUGUCGUUUUUCUACAUUGAUUUCAACAGAAGGAUAUUAGUUUGUAUAUCUGUAUCUCAUCUGAAAAUAUUAACAAUACUAUAUACUACCCUGGUACUCAACAUUUGAGAGGAGUACUACAUACUGUUACAUGGCUAGAGGACAGAAACUUGUGCACUUGCUUUUAUUAACUUUACAUGAAGCUGAACAUGCUCAAGAUGCAUGGCAAUAUGGGAUACUGUUCGUAGGAAACCAUCUCCAAGCAGCCAGUCACACAUUCAGGUCCCACACUAAGCAUAGCCCUAUCACACGUUGAGUAGUAUGACCAACUUCAUAGAAAACCAACCCUUGGGUAACCAUGGUUAAUCAGUUUGUUUAGACGGAAAAUUAUAGACACAAACCCCUGGGGAUGGCACAUGGAUAAGCAGCAUCAAGCGAGUCGCUGCUUCUGAAUUACAUGAUCGGGUGUCGACCUGUCACAGGGUGUGUGAAGGGGACACUAAACUCACGGGGUCGUUAGUCAGUAACUCAGUUUCUUCUCACGCCGCUGACCGAGACCCUCACUUCUCCAUGUUUUUCUUGCCACAAGGGCCAAAGUAUUGAAAUCUCAUCUUCUACUUUUUGCAAUAUUUCUAAAAAAAAGAUUAUUUCUAUUUUUUAGAUUUAUCUUUGAAUAUUUGUUACUAUGUUUUACUGAAAGUUGUGAAUCUCUGUGUGUACUUGUCAAUGUGAGAAAGAAUCAUGUUCCCAUUCUACUUCCUUAGUGUUGCUACAUGGCGUAGAUAUUGCCAGUCUACUUCCCUAGUGUUGCUACAUGGCGUAGAUAUUGCCAGUCUACUUCCCUAGUGUUGCUACAUGGCGUAGAUAUUGCCAGUGUCAUGCUUAAUAUAAUAUAUUUAACUUAUUCCUCCGUGUGUUCUCAAAGAUGAAAUGACAGUGAUGAGAAUAGAUUGGCAAUUCAUAAUGUACUACAUGUACUAGCUUAAGAUGCGCUUUCCUUCAAACUAUUUGUACAAUAGUUUAUGGUUUUGUUGUCUAGGAAAUCAAGGCCUCUUAAAUCCACUAGAAAGUUUAUUUAUGUUUAAAUGUUUGACAAUCAUAUUACAAACAGGUUGUGUUGUUAAUUGAAAUCCUUUGUUGUUGCAUUAUUCUCUAUGAUGUUUUUAUUUUCUUGGGACAGCUUGGUGUUACAGGUAGCAUGAGUGCUUCUCUCUAACAGACACCAGAGCUAUUAUAUGGCUGUUAUUAAAACCUACUUCUCAGUUGUCACAUUCUAAGGUACUCAAUGGAUUCAACUGUUUGGUUCCAUGUAACCAUGGCAACGUAGUGUCCCAAUGGUUGAUGUGUAACCAGUCUAUCCUAUGGCUCGUGUAAGAGACAUCUCCUUUGCCUCCAUCUCAAUCUCAUUAAAAUCAGAUCUUAGUUCUCGCUACCGCUAAACAAAGAUCUGAGGACAUCCCAUUACAGGUCACGUCAGACCGACCUUGCGCAAACUUUAACCGACCAGUGGAAUGACUAAUCAGAAGGCAGCUUUCUUGUGCUUUACGGCACUAAUUUCAAAUUGGCGACUACGCUUCAAAACAUAUUUUGACAAAUUCUCGAUUACAAAUUUGAAACCUGAACAAAAGAACAUUCUGGAAU